CCUAGCACAAGCACCGCUUCAUACCAUAGAAAGGAUUCUCUGUUCCUCUAUGCAUUGAAUUGAAUUGAAAAGCAAUACGAGUGAGAGAAUGGGAAGGCAGAAAGGAGAAGGUGCGAGAAGCAAAUCACGUCCUUCAAGUAGCAGCCUGGCCGCCUCACUCUUGCCCUCCGGCUCCGCCGCCGCCGUCGGGUUCGGUGGCUUUGUCGGCAGUUCGCGUCUCGAUCCUCCUCCUUCGUCCGAAGAUUCUCUCUCCUUUGCCGAUGUUGAUAGUGAGAUUGCGGUGCACUUAAAGAGGUUAGGCAGGAAGGAUCCUACCACUAAGCUUAAGGCAUUGGCAGCUUUGUCUAUGCUGGUUCAACAGAAGUCGGCAAAAGAAAUUGUUCUAAUUGUUCCCCAAUGGGCAUUUGAAUAUAAAAGGCUGUUGCUGGACUACAAUAGGGAGGUUAGGCGGGCCACUCAUGAUACAAUGACUGCUCUUGUUACUUCUGUUGGGAGAGAUUUAGCUCCACAUCUGAAGGCUUUGAUGGGACCAUGGUGGUUUGCUCAAUUUGAUCCAGUUUCUGAAGUUUCUCAGGCAGCAAAAAGGUCUUUGCAGGCGGCCUUUCCAGCUCAAGAAAAGAGGCUUGAUGCUUUGAUUUUAUGCACAACAGAGAUUUUCAUGUAUCUAGAAGAAAACCUAAAGCUCACACCACAAAAUUUGUCUGACAAAGCUGCAGCUACAGAUGAGUUGGAAGAGAUAUACCAGCAGGUGAUAUCAUCAACUUUGUUAGCUUUGGCCACACUUCUUGAUGUCUUAAUUUGCUUACAACAAGAGCGACCUGGUUUUGAGAACAUAAAUGCUGAACCUAAACAUGCUUCGAAGGCUAGGGUGGCCGCUGUUUCUUAUGCUGAAAAGCUGUUCAAAGACCAUAAAUACUUUCUGGACUUCUUGAAGUCCCAAAGACCUAUUAUUCGAUCUGCUACCUAUAGUGUAUUGAAGAGCUUAAUAAAAAAUAUGCCACAGGCUAUUAAUGAUGGAAAUAUAAAAACUCUUGCUGGUGCAAUUCUUGGUGCUUUCAAUGAGAAGGAUCCAACUUGUCAUCCCUCAAUGUGGGAUGUAAUAAUACUUUUCUCUAGAGGAUUCCCAGAUGCUUGGUCUUCCUUAAACGUUCAGAAAAGCAUACUGAAUCCAUUUUGGAAUUUUCUUAGAAAUGGUUGCUUUGGAUCCCAGCAAGUUUCAUAUCCAGCUUUGGUUUUAUUCUUAGACAAUGUGCCCCCUAAAUUUAUUGGAGGGGAUAAGUUUUUUCUCGAAUUUUUCCAGAACUUGUGGGCAGGAAAGCAAAUUUCCCUAUCUGCAGAUAGACUAGCAUUUUUCCAGGCACUGAAAGAAUGUUUUCUUUGGUCAUUGAAAAAUGCUUCAAGAUACAAUGAUGGAGAGGACGCAAUCAGUCAUUUCCGAGUUGCUCUUGUUGAUAGUGUCUUAGUAAAGCUUUUGUGGCAGGAUUUCCUUACAACUGGAAGCUCAAAAGAUAAUGUUAUAGUAAACUCAGGAAAAGCAACAGAUUCAUCUGAGGAAAAUGUUUCUCAUAACAAGAAAGUGGAUAUGCUGAAUACAAAAUAUCCAAUGCCUUAUUUGCAAGAGUUGGGAAAGUGCUUUGUUGAAGUCCUCUUAGGCAUUUAUAUAUUAGAUAUCAAUCUUCUAUCCGUUUUUAUUGUGGAACUUGAGGAUAAUUGCAUGUGCAUUCUUCAGCAAGCAGGUAAUGUGGAGGUUGUUGAACGAAUCAUUUUGUUCAUGUUAUUGCUGGAGCAACAUGCUGUGAUGAAAGGUGCAACUUGGCCCAUGGCCUAUAUUGUGGGACCAAUGCUGGCAAAGUCUUUCUCAAUCAUUAGAUCUUCUGAUUCACCAGGUACUGUGAGACUUAUGUCAGUUGCUGUUUCAAUAUUUGGACCACAGAAGAUGGUCCAAGAAGUUUUUAUUAAAAACAAAGGGCACUAUUCUAGUCAGUUUUUAUAUGAUGGGGAUAAAGUAGUGGAAGCUGAAGACUUUAUGCAAAUAUUCAAGAAUAUAUUUGUUCCUUGGUGUCUGCAGUCAAAUAGUUGCUCAACUAAUGCUCGGCUAGAUUUAUUAUUGGCACUGCUGGAUGAUGAGUAUUUCUCAGAACAAUGGUCUUUCAUUAUAAAUUAUGUGAUUAACCAGAGUUAUUCUGAGUUCCAACCUGGAUUACUGGAUGCUGACAAUGCAGCAAUGUUGGCCAUGCUCAUAGAGAAAGCAAGGGAUGAGAGCAUGAAGAGGAGGGUGGGAGAUGAUUCCAGUUAUAGACAAGGCACUAAUGCUGAAGAUUGGUGUAAUGAAUAUCUGGAAUCAUCUGCUAUUGCUGUUUCCCGAUCUCUGCUUCCUUUUAGCACUUCUCAUGUGCAGUUUGUGUGCUCUCUUCUUGGUGGUUCAACAGAAGGAAGAUCCAUGUCAUUUCUGUCCAGAAAUGCAAUGAUUCUCAUCUAUAAGGAGAUUUUCAGGAAGUUACUUAGUUUUAUUCAGGUUUCACCUUUCUUUUGGGUACAGAAUGCAGCUUCUAUGUUAAGCAAUGGUGAAAAGAUGUGUGUAGAAUUUGAUAGUUCUCUCAAUGUUGUUGAGAUAGCGCAGUUUGCUCUUGAGAUACUUGAUGGUAGUUUCUUUAGCUUGAAGACACUUGAUGGGGAAAGUGGACUUGUAUCAGGAAUUUUAUCUGCAAUUUUUGUCAUUGAAUGGGAGUGUAAUUUAUGUAAAGCUCUGGAUGAUUCACUUGAUGAUAAAUCAAUGACCCAAAUCAAGGCCAGGCUAACAUUUGGUGAAUAUGCGUGUGCUUUAUGUAACAAGAUCAAUGUUCAGUUUCUGAAAAGCCUUUGCUUAGAUAGCCGCAAGAGAUUGUUGAACAUCUUAAUUCAGUCAGUAAGAUUUGCAAUAUUUGCUGAAGACAGGCUUAUUAAUGACAGAAUCACGUCAUUAUGCUGUACAUGGGUGCUUGAAGUUCUUGAGUGUGUCUGUGUGGAUAAAAAUGAAGAACAAAAUUUGCUACAUCAUCUGCUUAGCAAGGGUGAAAUGUGGCCUGUUUUUGUUGUUCCAAACUUUAGUAUGACAAAGGUUUCAGGACACCUGAAUUUUGUAGCUUUAAUUGACAAAUUAAUCUCAAAAAUUGGGAUGGAUAGAGUUUUUGCUGGAUGUGAAAUGCCUGAUCCAUCUAUGCUUGAAAUAAGUCAUGAGGUUGCAUCUUCUGCUUGUUUAGCUGCUGAAAUGCUGUGCACGUGGAGAUGGCCUGGAAGCAGUGCUGUGUCUUCUUUCUUACCUCUACUGAGUGCAUAUGCCAAGAGAAGUAAUUCUCCCCAGGAAAGCCUGUUAGAUGAAAUAUUAGGCAUCUUGCUUGAUGGUUCUCUUGUUUAUGGAGAUUAUGGCACAAAGUAUUCAGUGAGUAUGUGGCCAGUUCCAUCUGAGGAAGUGGAAGUUAUUGAUGAACCAUUCUUACGAGCUCUUGUUUCCUUUCUGUCCACUUUGUUUAAAGAGAAAAUAUGGGGGGCGAAGAAGGCAUUGAAUCUGAUUGAACUUCUUGUGAAUAAACUCUUCAUUGGUGAAGCAGUAAACACUAAAUGUCUUAAGGUUCUACCUCUGCUUAUAAAUGUACUUCUAGAACCAUUGUAUGGGGAUGCAGAACCUAGUAUAGUUGUUCAACAUUGUUCUUUAGAAGAAAGAUUUGUGCAAAAUAUUAUGAUAGACUGGCUGGAGAGGGCACUAUGUCUCCCACCUUUGGUCACAUGGAAAACAGGAGAAGACAUGGAAGAUUGGCUUCAGUUGGUGAUUGCCUGUUAUCCUUUCAGUGCAAUAGGUGGCCCCCAAGCAUUAAAGCCAGCAAGGAGUAUCAGCUCUGAUGAGAGGAAACUUCUUUAUGAGUUGUUCCAGAAGCAAAGGAACGUUGCUGGUGGAUCUGCAAUGAUCAACCAGCUUACACUGGUGCAGAUGCUGCUAUCAAAACUUAUGGUUGUUUCAGUAGGUUAUUGCUGGAACGAAUUUAGUGUAGAAGAUUGGGACUUUCUGUUGUCUAACCUAAGGUGCUGGAUUCAGUCAGCAGUUGUAAUGAUGGAGGAUGUAGCUGAAAAUGUAAAUGGUCUUGUUAAUAGUUCAUCUGAUAAUUUAAAUAUGAUGUGUCAGAAAAUUGAGAAAAUUAUUUUGAUUUCAGAUCCUUUUCCCAUAAAGAUUUCUGAAAAUGCUCUUUUGUCUUUCUCACUUCUCCUUAAGCAUUGUAAACGUCAACAAGCUGAAGAGAGAGAUAAUUUAAAUACAUUUAAAUCCGAAAAGUUGGAUUCUGUUAAAGAUCGGAUUCUAGAGGGUGUCCUUCGCUUCCUAUUUUGUACUGGCAUUUCUGAGGCUAUUGCAAAUGCAUGCGGCAAAGAUGCUGCGUCAAUUGUUGCAUUGUCACGGAUUGAAUAUACUCACUUUUGGGAAUUGGUAGCUUUUGGUGUUGUUAAUUCCUCGUCACAGGCUAGACAUAGAGCAGUGAAAUCAGUUGAAUUUUGGGGACUAAGCAAAGGGUCUAUUAGUUCCUUGUAUGCUAUACUUUUUACUUCCAAGCCAAUUCCUUUAUUGCAGUUUGCUGCAUAUUUUAUUCUUUCAAAUGAGCCUGUUUUAAGUGUUGCUAUUGUUGAAGAUAAUGCUUGUAACUCAGACACAUAUGCUGCUAGUGACCUGGAUAUCAGCCGUCUUGAAAUGUCAAUUGCAGAAAAAGUUCAUUUGAAAGAGGAAAUAUCUUUCAUGGUAGAAAGGGCACCUUAUGAGGUUCUUGAAAUGGACUUACUUGCUCACCAACGAGUAAAUGUCUUCCUUGCUUGGUCUUUGUUGAUAUCACAUCUAUGGUCAUUACCUUCAUCAUCAUCUCAAAGGGAAAGAUUGAUCCAGUACAUACAAGACUCCGCUACCCCUGUUAUCUUAGAUUGCCUUUUUCAGCAUAUUCCUGUGGAGAAUUCCAUGAUUCAGAGUCUGAAGAAGAAAGAUGCAGAUAUUUCUGGUGGUUUAUCAGAAGCAGGAAGUGCUGCAACCCGUGCUACCACAACUGGUUCUCUUGUGUUUUCUGUGGAAUCUCUUUGGCAUGUUGAAUCAGAGAAAAUUUCAUCACUUGCUGGAGCAAUAUAUGGCUUGAUGCUUCAGGUUCUUCCAGCUUAUGUACGUGGCUGGUUUAGUGACUUGCGUGAUCGUAACACUUCAGCUGUCAUUGAAUCCUUUACAAGGACUUGCUGCAGCCCUCCUCUCAUUGCAAAUGAAUUGUCUCUGAUCAAGAAAGCCAACUUCCGUGAUGAGAAUUUCUCAGUUAGUGUAAGCAAAUCAGCAAAUGAGAUUGUUGCUACUUACACUAAGGAUGAAACAGGAAUGGAUUUAGUCAUUCGUCUCCCUGCAUCUUAUCCACUAAGGCCAGUAGAUGUUGAUUGUACAAGGAGCCUUGGGAUUAGUGAGAUCAAGCAAAGGAAAUGGUUGAUGUCAAUGAUGCUAUUUGUUCGGAAUCAGAAUGGAGCUUUAGCAGAAGCUAUAGGAAUUUGGAAGCGCAAUUUUGAUAAAGAAUUUGAAGGUGUUGAGGAGUGCCCGAUCUGUUACAGUGUAAUCCACACCACAAACCACAGCCUUCCUCGCCUCGCUUGCAAGACAUGCAAACACAAAUUUCAUUCUGCUUGCCUUUAUAAAUGGUUUUCAACUUCUCACAAAUCAUCAUGCCCAUUGUGUCAAUCUCCGUUCUAAGGUUGCACCAGGAGUGAUGAAUUUUACCAAUUUUACUUGCCGGUGAUAUCUUGCACUAAAUGUAGUAGAUGAAGAGAAUGCAUCGAUAAUGAGAAUCAACGCUGAUUUUCAGCAUGAGACUCAUUGCUGAUUCAGGCAGGGUUGACUUACAAACUACAACCGGUUACCGAAAGUUCACAUGAUUCCUAGCUUGCUUUCUCCACUAAGCUUCUCUUAAGCAGAUAGCUUUUAACACUUCAUACCCUCGAAAUUAAAGAGAAAGCUGGGCAAUGGUAUUGCGGUGACGACAUGGGGAUAUCAUAUUUUCUAUUAAGGCAGGAGAAGAGUAUCCGAUUCCUUUCCAUUCUCAAAUUUCUCCACUAAUUAGAAAUUUUGAUUUUUUUUUUUUUUUCCGAUGGUGGUAGUAAUUAUAUUUUUGCAGUGCUUUUGUUCUGUUUAGGGGAGCUUAUUUCUGAUCGUAGGAGGCUGUCUGAACAAGUGGCUUUGUACAUCUAGAUUUUUUAUAUUGAAUGUGGAAACAAUCAAAGAGUAACGAGAAAGAAUUGCCAGAAUAAGAGGAGUAAUUGUACAUCUGUGAGCAUUAGGCCAUCAGCCAUGAGAAGAUUAAUGUCAAAGAACAUGGUAAAAAUGAGAGACGAGAAUUGUGCUACUUGAAAAUUGGAGAAAUGAAUAUCUUCAUCAGUACUAGGUGGAAGUUAUAUGUAGACUUCCUGAUACAUUGGCUAACCGAAACUACCGGCUAACUUCCAUGAAACUACAUAACUGUCAAAUUACAUCUUAAUGUAAGUUACAUUUACAGUGUAGUAGGUAACAAUUAAAGAGAACUGAGCAAAUAGUCUCCACGAAGUGCGUAGAAUGCAAGUACACGCGUUUGACUUUUGGUCAGCAAAAUUUAUUGCAAUGAUACAUCAAUGAUCAUGUUGACCAAUGUUUGCAUGUUGCCGUUUAAAGGCAGAAGCAUUGUAAAGCAGCGUAUUUUUUUAAUAUAUUUUUUUAAAUAGAUUUUUUAUUUUUAUUUUUUUGUAAAAUAUAUUUUAGAAUAUUUUAGUGGUUUUUUUAUAAGAAAUUAUUUUAUGAAGUAAUUUUUUC